AUUGUCGAAAACCAGACAUAUGAUGAGCGUCUAGAGAUUAACGACGCCGAAGAGGUUGUAAGUAUUUAUACUCCAACCUCGAAGCACCAAGGACCUCCUCAUUCUGCCUGUCUUCCUAACAAGACUAUGGCUGAUAACAGCAGUGAUGAGUUUGAAGAGGAAAAUAACAAGGUUCUAAGGGAGGGCAUGCCACAGGCUGCAGGCCACAGAGGCAAAGACACGGACCCCGUCCCAUCUGCCCCUACGAGCCCCAAGCACCAGGCCCCUUCUCAUGGACUUGAGAGGGUGGGAUGGUAUGUAGAGAGCCAGAAGCUCAGAAAGGAGAAGAAGAAGACCUCACAGUUGACACCUCAGCGGGGCUUUAGUGAAAAGGAUGAUGAUGACGAUGAUGAUGACUCAUCCGAAACAGAUUCUGAUGAAGAUGAUGAUGAUGAUGAACAUGGAGCCCCUCUAGAAGGGGCCUAUGAUCCUGCAGAUUAUGAACAUUUGCCAGUUUCUGCUGAGAUUAAGGAGCUUUUUCAGUAUAUCAGUAGGUACACACCUCAAUUGAUUGAGCUGGACCACAAACUGAAACCUUUCAUUCCUGAUUUUAUCCCAGCUGUUGGGGAUAUUGAUGCAUUCUUAAAGGUCCCACGUCCUGAUGGAAAGCCUGACAAUCUUGGGCUGUUGGUAUUAGACGAGCCUUCCACAAAGCAGUCAGAUCCCACUGUGCUCUCCCUCUGGUUAACAGAGAAUUCCAAGCAGCACAAUGUCACGCAACAUAUGAAAGUAAAGAGUCUAGAUGAUGCAGAAAAAAAUCCCAAAGCCAUUGACACAUGGAUUGAGAGCAUCUCUGAGUUACACCGUUCUAAGCCCCCUGCGACUGUGCAUUACACAAGGCCUAUGCCUGAUAUUGACACGCUGAUGCAGGAAUGGUCCCCGGAGUUUGAAGAACUUUUGGGCAAGGUGAGCCUGCCCACUGCAGAGAUUGAUUGCAGCCUGGCAGAGUACAUUGAUAUGAUCUGUGCCAUCCUAGACAUCCCUAUCUACAAGAGUCGGAUCCAGUCCCUCCACCUGCUAUUUUCCCUCUACUCUGAAUUCAAGAAUUCACAGCAUUUUAAAGCUCUGGCUGAGGGCAAGAAAGCAUUCACCCCUCCAUCCAACUCUGCCUCCCAAGUGGGAGAUGCAGAGACCUUGGCCUUCAGCUAA